CGAAAUGAUAAUACUGUGGCAUAGUUGAGUGAAUAACUGUGACACUCUGCCAUAAAUAAAUUGUCAUUAUCAUUUCCGUUAAUAAAGAACCGUUGAAAUGGAGAGUUCUAGCAGUGUGCAAGUGUUGAGUCCGAACGAAGAAAUAAAAUUGUAUAAAUAUAGAUGGAUAAUAAUUACCAUAUACGGACUAUAUGCUGCUAUAAAUUUUUCGCAAUUCAUGCAGUUCACGAUAAUUGGCGAUAUUUUGAAGAAGUAUUAUGAGGUGGAAUCUUUUGCUAUUGAUCUCAGUGGAAUGGUUUUUAUGCUUUCUUUCAUUCUAUUUUUCGCCCCAGUGGGAUAUAUUGUCGAGAAAACAAGUUUGAAAACAACUUCCAUAAUCGGCGCAGGUUUAACAGUUCUUGGAAACAGUUUGAAGUUAUUGGGGACAUCUCCAGACAGAUAUUACGUAAUUCUCGUUGCCCAAACGAUAGUUGCCGUAUCACAAAUUUUCAUGCUCAUCAUUCCCUCAAAAGUUGCAUCUCACUGGUUCGGAUCAGAAGAAGUUUCCACAGCAUGCGCGAUUGGACUAUUUGGUACACAGAUAGGUAAGGAAUCCCAAUAAUAUUCUUCAUAAAAUUAUUGAUG